AAAUAUUGUUUUGACAGCUGACAGUUUUAUCCGGUAUUUUGUGUUAUUCAAACGAAUUGUAUGUAAUUUUUUGAAUGGAAUACUCAAAUUCAAUACAAUUUUACAUAUCUACUUAAUGUAAAACGUUUAAAUAGUCCGACAUGUUUAGUUCAUUAGUGUUGACUUUCACCAAAGCCGGCAGUAAUCUAGUGCGAAGGAAUGCGUCGAUCAUCUUAAGGCAAUCGCAUAGAGCAGCCGUUUUGCGUGAGAUUGGUAAGCCGCUGGUGCUAGAAUCAGUAAAGCGAAUCGAACAGCUCAAGGAUGAUGAGGUGCGAAUCAAAGUGCAUUACUGCAGUCUCAACUCAACGGAUGUGCAAAUCAUCACCGGAAAACACCCCGAACUAGUGGUGCCGCUUCCCUUCAUCCCUGGUCAUGAGAUUUCCGGCGAGGUUGUGGAGAUUGGGAAAAGCAAUCCCAACUUUUUGAAACGCGGCGAUCGGGUGGUGGCCAUGAACGACCUCCAGGAUCCGAAUGGAGGGUUGAUUGAGGAAGUGGUUGUUAAGAAUCGAGACGUCUGGCAAGUGCCGAGGGAAGUUCCUCUGAAGGAAAUGACUGUGAUGCCUUACGGGCAUGGGACAGCUUUGAUGGCAUUCGCGAUGCAUUGCCAAUUGCAGGAAAAUGAUUUGGUGUUGAUAACAGCAGGGCCGGCGGGGAUGGGACUGGCUGCAAUUGAUUUGGCCGUGGCAGUAUACAAGGCAAAGGUCAUUGCCAUUUGUGACACCGAGAGCAGCUCGGAUUUGGUGAGAGAGAAAGGAGCUUACAAGACUGUUAGUAUCGGCAAAAACUAUACGAAAUUGUACAAGGAUAUAGCCGAUGCAUUAGGAGACAAGAAAGCAAAAGUAGCAUACGACGCCGUGGGAAAAGGGUUGCUCCAUUUGUUGGCAGAUUUUGUCGAUCCGAAGGAAGGCCAGAUGUUUUCAGUGGAUCCAUUCCACAGCCAAAAGAAAUUGAAAGCUUCGAAGCCAGAGUACGAGUUGCCCAAAAAGAAAGUUCGCACUGAACAGGAUCAAGCGAAUGCUGCCAAACUGAUCGAUAAUUUGGUGCAUAUAGAUCUUUACGAGUACCCCGGUGAAGAUAUCUACCGGCAGAUGAUUUCCGAUACAAUCGAAUUGAAAUCGCAGAAGAUGGUCUCCGGGUACAUUAGUAAAGUGUUUCUGCUGAAGAGUGUUCAGAAGGCAGUGGAAUUUAUUCAGCAGAAACAGUGUACAGGCAAAGUGCUGAUAGAUAUCAAAAGCUUGGAUGACGAUGAUGGCGAGGAGGAGGGAACGAAAAAGAAAAAGAGUAGUGAAAGUGAUUAAAAUUGUACUUACGCAUCUUUUGUGUUUCUGCUUAUGCGUUUCAAAACAUUGUUUGUUAUAUUUAACCGUUAUUCAAUGCAUCUAAUGCUAUUAGGAUAAACAAUAAAAAUUUGCGAUUUAUUUGUAA